UCCUCCACUCCCUCCCCGCCUGCUUAGCUCCGUAUUUCGGGCGACGUCAUUUGACGUUCCUUACCCAGGAAGUGAACUGCCGUUGUUGUUCGUUUGCUUAUCCCUUCCUUCGCCUAUCUUUGUUUUUUUGCGGGUCGAAAUGGCGACGUUUAUUUCUGUCCCGUUAAAAAAGUCGUCGGAAGUAGAUAUGGCCAAAUCGCUGUCAAAAUUCGUCAAAGACACCUACCCAGCCGGUGAAGAGCAGACGGAAUAUGUCCGCGCCGCUGAAGAGUUGAACAAGCUGCGCAAAAGUGCUCUGGGGAGGCCGCUGGACAAGCACGAGAGCUCGCUCGAGAUCCUGCUGAGAUAUUAUGACCAACUCUGUGCUGUGGAACACAAAUUCCCUUUCUCUGAAAACCAGGUGUGUUUAACUUUCACAUGGAAAGAUGCUUUUGAUAAAGGAUCAUUGUUUGGUGGAUCCGUCAAGCUUGCGCUGGCCAGCAUCGGCUAUGAGAAGACGUGUGUUCUGUUCAAUGUGGGAGCCCUGGCCAGUCAGAUCGCCUCUGAGCAGAACCUGGACAGCGAUGAGGGGCUGAGGGCAGCUGCCAAGUUCUACCAGCUGUCGAGCGGGGUGUUCGCCCACAUUAAGGACACGGUCCUGUCCGCACUGAACCGGGAGCCCACCAUGGACAUCUCCCCUGACACCGUGGGCACGCUCAGCCAGAUCAUGCUGGCCCAGGCGCAGGAGGUCUUCUUCCUCAAAGCCACCUCAGACAAGAUGAAGGAUGCUAUCAUUGCAAAGCUGGCCAACCAGGCUGCAGAUUUCUAUGGUGACGCCUUCAAACAAUGCCAGUACAAAGAGAACCUGCCCAAGUAUUUUUAUUUCCAUGAAGUGCUGCCGGUCCUGGCUGCCAAGCACUGCAUCAUGCAGGCCAACGCUGAGUUCCACCAGUCCAUCCUGGCCAAGCAGCAGAAGAAGUUUGGAGAAGAGAUCGCACGGCUGCAGCAUGCAACAGAGCUGGUGAAGACGGUCGCGUCUCGCUACGAUGAGUACGUCAACGUGAAGGACCUGUCCGACAAGAUCUCCCGUGCCCUGACCGCCGCUAAGAAAGACAACGACUUCAUCUACCACGACCGCGUUCCCGAGGUGAAGGACCUGGACCACAUCGGCAAGGCUGCCCUGGUCAAGGCCACCGCAGUUCAAGUGCCCAUGAGCCAGAAGUUCACCGAUCUGUUUGAGAAGAUGGUUCCCCUGGCAGUGCAACAGGCCAUGAGCAUGUACAACCAGCGCAAGUCGGAGAUCGUCAACUGCCUCAUUGGAACGAUGAGGGAGUCCACCAACCUCUGCAACGGGGUCCUGGCCUCUCUGAACCUCCCUGCCGCUCUGGAAGACCUGUCGGGAGACUCCGUGCCCCAGUCCAUCCUGGAAAAGUCCCGCGCCAUCAUCCAGCAGGGGGGGCUGCAGAGCAUCGAGCAGCUGAUCAAGGACCUUCCGGAGCUUAUGCAGAGGAACCGGGACAUCCUGGACGAGUCUCUGAAGAUGCUGGACGAAGAAGAGUCAACGGACAACGAGCUCCGCGCCAAAUUCAACCAGCGCUGGAGCAGAACGCCCUCUGGAGACCUGUACAAGUCCCUGAGAACAGAGGGAGGAAGUUACCGGAAUUUUCUGGACAAGGCGGCGAGCGCAGACCAGGUUGUCAAGGAGCGCUACAGCACCCACUGCGAGAUGAUAGCACUGCUGUGCAAACCGGAGGCGGAGCUCACCGCUGCCAUCCCCUCCGCCAACCCCGCCAAGACCCUGCAGGGCAGCGAGGUGGUGAACGUCCUGCGCUCCCAGCUGGCCCAGCUGGAGGAGGUGAAGAAGGAGCGCGAGCAGCUGGAGAACGACAUCAAGUCGGCCCAGUUCGACAUGACCUCCAAGUUCCUGACCGCCCUGGCGCAGGACGGCGCCCUCAACGAGGAGGCCAUCUCCGUCACCGAGCUGGACAACAUCUACGGGGGCUACACCCAGAAGGUGCAGCAGGGCCUCAAGACCCAGGAGGAGAUCCUGGGAAACGUCCAGACGUCCCACCAGGAGUUCUCCACCCUGAAGCAGUCCAACUCAGAGGCUAACGACAGAGAGGAGGUGAUGAAGAAGCUGGCCUCAGCGCAUGACAGCUAUGUGGAGAUCUCCAACAACCUGCGCGAGGGCACCAAGUUUUACAACGAAUUCACUGAAAUCCUGCUGAAAUUCCAAAACAAGUGCAGCGACCUCGUGUUCGCACGCAAGACGGAGAGAGACGAGCUUCUCAAGGACCUCCAGCAGAGCAUCGCUCGGGAGCCCAGCGCACCCUCCUUCACCGCACCCGCGUACCAGUCCAACCUCAACACUCCCACCCCCGCCGGGCCCGGGGUGCCCACUCCAACUCCCAGGACUGUGUUUAAUCAGCAGCCACAGACCAAACCACAGCCCCCUGCGAGACCACCUCCUCCGAACUUCACUCCACAGGCAGCAAGCUCCGCCCCCACCAACCCGAUGAGCUCUGCCCCCCCACAGACCGGCCCAACCGCACCUGGGGCCCCGCCCGCAGCCCCUUCUGCUGCCCCGCCUGGUGCCCCGCCUGGAGCCCCUUCCCAGGCACAGGGACCGCCUUACCCGUCGUACCAGGGUUACCCCGGGUACUACCAGGUGCCCAUGGGCUACAACCCGUACAGCUAUGGGCAGUACAACAUGCCUUACGUGCCCUACCAGACCCCAGCACAGCCCGGCUACCCCGGGGCUCCCCAGCCCCAGCAGCACCCCUACGGCUACCCCCAGCAACCGCCCCAGCAGCAGCCCUACUACCCCCAACAGUAGGGGGCGCCGCCCCGUGUGUGUUUACCACGCCUUCACACCAUGUUUAUGAAGCCUAACCUUUUCUGCACCUACUUUUCACCUGUACAUGUGUCAUUUCCCCUCUUUCAUCCCUUGUUUUUUUUUCUCGUCAAAUUAACACUUCACUUUUCCCAGAACUGCAGAUUGGGAAGUGCAUCUGCUGGGGCAGUGUUGCAGGUUUUAGCGCGCGUCUUCACUGAGCUGCAGAGGCGGGCAUAUGGAACACGCCUCCCUGACGAAAGGGAACCGUGAAGCCUCAUUCCAGUGAGCCUCACGGGGUCAGAAAGGGCAGAAGGUUGGCUCAAAACACCGCGCAGCCUGGCCGCCAUUAGUCUUCCUAGCAUUGUGGAGACCACCCGAAAAAGGGUGUGGCUUAGAUUUGUUGCAAUUUUUUAUGGCUUCUGAUUGGCUCUGGCAUGGUGACCUUCUGUGGUUGGCCUAGAUAAAUUUUCAUUAUAUAUUUCUUUUUUUAUUUUUUUUUAGACAUUACCGUUCAAAAAAAUAUCCCCAGUAUGCUCACUACAGUAAUCUUAUUUUUGUAAUGAAUACUGACGCAUAAUGUAAUUAAAUGCUCUGUAGGAUUUUUUUUGCAUAGAAGAGUAUUUUGGGAACUGAUUUUUUUUUUUUUGGGGCGGGGUGGGGGGGGGGUGGUUUUCAGGGAAAAAAUGGUUUUGGCCAUUACUGUACUCCUGCUGUCUUUUGCCUUGUUUAGCUUCAUCGGGUGUUCAUUAGACAUGUACUCUUACAAUCAAGGCUUUGUAAAACACUCAGCAAAUUUAAAAUGAAUAUAUACAUACAAGAACCAGCUCUUAACAAAACCAGUGUGCUCCUUUUUUUUGUGCGUGAUUAAAAUCAAAUCUGUAAAUCA